AUGUCCUCAUCCAGGAUCCUUCUGGGGAGCUAUGUGCUGGACGUGUUCAGCCACCGUCUCCACAAGUGCUCAGUGGAUCUCCAAUGGAUCAGUCUCAGCUCCCAAACACAGGCCCACGCAGUUACCUCCGUCAAAAAAGAGGUGUGGACAAGCAUUAUUAUGCAGAGCUUUUGGAGCGUUGGUGGACAGAUAGCUCUGUCCCUGCACAACGAUGCAUUUAUGGAUCAUCAACGUGAUUGA